AUGGGCGUCACCAAGACAGUCCUCAGGAACGGCAACGGCGUCGACCGGCCCAUCAAGGGGGACGAGGUUGUCAUCGACUAUCGCGGCUGUCUCUACGACCCCAGCAGAGCCACAUACCACAACAUGGGGAAACAGUUCGACUCGUCACAGGACCGAGGAGAGUUCAAGACUCCAAUUGGCAUCGGCAAGGUCAUUCGAGGCUGGGACGAGGGCGUGAUGAACAUGACAGUUGGCGAGAAGUGCAUACUGACCAUCAGCGGGGAUUAUGCAUAUGGCGACCGUGGCUUCCCCGGACUAAUACCACCGAACUCUACACUCGUCUUGUAA